AUGGCGAUGCUUCAGGUAAGAUUGAAAAGAAAACUUUAUUUAUUUUUGUUUAUUUUCGCGUUCUUCUGGAACAAAUAAACGUAAACAAUCGUUGAUGUUGUUGUCCAAGUAUUGAGCUGUUGUUUCUGUUUCUUAUUCAGUGGCGUCGGUUUAAUUUCUUUGAAAAAGAAGCCGCCAAAGAUGCAGGAACCAAGCAGCCUUGGAAUCUGCUUCAGGUUUGGUUUGAUCUUUGUAGUUCGUUAGGCAUGUUUAUCUUUAUGUAAAUCUGUUUGUGAAGUUUAUUUUUAUAUUUGUAUUGCUUUUCUGGUAGAUGCCUUCGUUUAACUAUCAUUGCAUGUGCUGCGUUGCCCAACAAAAAUUGCACAAUCAUGUAUUUAAUAAACCUAGGAUUAAAAAUUACAAAAUGGCUGGGAUCAAUGAGGCUCUGUUAGGCUUGGUAUGCAUCUUCUAGGGUACAGGGCUCAACAUAACGGCCGGUCACUGGUCAAUGACUGGCCAAAUUUUUAAAAUGACUGGUCAAAUUUGUAUGACACCGGUCAUAGUGACCGACCACAUUUUGAGCUUAAAUAUUAUUUAAGGAUUUUCUUCAUGUUAAACUUUUCAUUCGAAUUUAAGUUGUUGAAUUUCUUAUGCCAACUGCUGGUCAGAUAAUUUAUAAUAGACAAAAUUAAGAUAUGACGAAGUUUAUAUUUAUAACUUCAAUUGUGUUAAUUAUACUGUGUGCAUCUCGGCAUCUACAGUCACAAUUGAAGUUAAGAGUGCUGCAAGCUGAAAUUUGAUUGUUGCUUAAUACAUUGAGACGAUUGAGUGCGCAAUGCGUUGCAGGCGGGUAUCGUGGAAGUUCACUUAUCAGAAAUCGCAUUUGACCGGUCGCAAUUGGAACUGACCAUGACCGGCAUAUGAACAAUAUUUUGAGCCCUGAAACCAUUGCAUAUUGCUUGUCCGAUUUUCAAAACAAGUCAUGCUUGAAAACAUUGCUGUAUCACUUUCGGAAUUUCGGAAUUGUUUUCCUCAAUCCAUUUCCUGAUUUGCCAAGUCACUGUCACAAUUUAGACAGAGUUUGUGUCCAAUGUCGCUGUUUCAUUUUUUAUAUGUUGCCAUUCAAGGCAAUGUUGUGAAAAAAUUGCAAAUUAUUAGCACUUCUCUGAGAAAACAAAUUCUCAACCAAUCCUGGAACCUGCCUUGUACCAGGUGCUAUGUUGCUACUAUAUGGAGCGAUUGGGCACAAGGCAUUCCUGGAACUAUUUUGUCACCGACUCACUGUGCAGCAAUGAAAAGAAAUAGGAAAGAAAAAGAUAAAAUUUAUCAAAUAAAACUGGUGAAACGGCAUCGUUUUCAUCUACUCACAUAAAUAUGCACAAGUUGUUACAAGUCUGCAAACAAGUUAUAUUACAAUUCUGUUCACAAGCGUAGACAAGUUGUGUUUGCACUGCUUGUUCCCAGUUGUUGUAACAAGUUUGGAACAAGCUGUUAACAACUUGUAACAAGCUUGAUGGCAUUAUCAGACUUGCUACAAGGUUGUUCUAACAAGUUGAUAUAGUCCUGAUAUAACAGCAAUGUCACAAGGUUGAUGACACAAGGUUGUAACAAUAUUGUUAUAUCAUGACUGCAUUGGACUUGUUGGAACAACCUUGUAACAAGUCUAAUAAUAUCAACACGGUUGUUACAAGAUGUUAACAGCUUGUUCCAAACUUGUUGACAACUUGGGACAACCAAUGCGAAGACAACUUGUUGAUGGCUUGUUGGCAAACUUGCUACAAGAUGCGAGAUUUUUAUGUGUGUUAACUAACAGUAAAAAGAUGAUCAAAAUGUGCUACAUUUCACCACGCUUCUCUGUGGUGGCGGUGAAUAUGUAGGGGUUGCAAUUGCCAAUUCCAGCAAUACACUAAAUUUUGAUCUCAGAUAGGCAAGAAGAACAAAAUCCAUCACCACAGCUAGAAAGAGCAUGUUAAAAUUAAUAACAUUACAAAGUUUGGUCGUGAAAUGUUGUAAAAUGCGGAAAAUAUAGUCCUGCGAAAUUUGCAAAUUUUGUAUUUGUAUUAAUACGUGUGGAAAAAUGCACCACAUUUGGGCCGAAAGUGGUGCAUUUUCCCGCACGUAAUACAAAUUAAUACAAAAUUUGCGAAUUUCGUAGGGCUAUAUUUUCCUCAUUUUACAACAUUUUGCAACAAAACUUUGCAAUUUUACUAAUUUUAGCAAUAUGCUCUUUCUAGCUGUGCUGAUGGAUUUUGUUCUUCUUGCCUAGAUCAAAAUUUAGUCUAUAGCUGCAAUUGUCCAUUGACAAGUGCAUUAAUUAAGGUUUCAUGAUUAUGUUGUUGACAGGAUGUGAACAUUGUUGCCACAACAAGUGGAAGAGGACAAUUAAUAUUUGGUGAUAUCCUUUUUAAAAGCCAAACAUGAUUUUAAACCAUUGAACUGCCAAAUGUAUUUGCAUUUAAUGUGUCACUUAUACUGUACAUAAAUAUUGCAAAAAUUCCUUGACACCUGCUUAGAUAUCGAAGGAAAUAUAUUUUUUCUUGAUCGAAGUUUAACAUCGACAAGUUUUAAAGCUUUUGAAAUCAGAGUGCUGUUUCUUUGUCAAUUACGACAACACAGCAUUCUUGUGUCGAUCGGGGUAAGUAGAACUGGAUGUCAUUGAAUAUAUGGCAUCCAGAAUAGACAACUUGCAAGUUAGACUAAUUUUUUAUUCUAUUUCAGAACCAUCCUCAGAGAUACGAAAAACCAGUUUCAUAUUAUUCUGACACUGCAAUCGAACAACGAAAAGUUCGUUGGCUCGAGCGGGAUUUGAACACGCAUCUUCGGAUAUCUAGACCGCCGCUCUACCCAUUGAGCUAUCGAGUCAACGGGGAUUGGUAGCGAGUCUUAUCCAAUUUAAGUGCACGAAAUAUUUUCGUGACGAUUUAACGCUUGUCUUAGAGGAUGCGCAGUGUUUCAAUUCUAAUUCAGAACCAUCCUCAGAGAUCUGGGCAAUAAAAAGUAAAUUCCAGUGAAGAACUUAUUAAAAUUAGUAAAAUUGCAAAAUUUGGUUACGAAAUGUUGUAAAGCUUGGAAAAUAUAGCCUUGCGAAGUUUGCAUAUUUUGUAUAUGUUUGUAUUACGUGCGGAAAUUGUUACCAUUUUUGAGCCGAAAAUGGUAACAAGUUUCGCACGUAAUACAAACGUAUACAAAAUUUGCGAACUUUGCAAGGCUAUAUUUUCCAAGCUUUGAGCUAUCGAGUCAACAAGCAAGCCAUUGAGCUAUCGAGUCAACAGGGAUUGGUAGCGAGUCUUAUCCAAUUUAAGUGCACGAAAUAUUUUCGUGACGAUUUAACGCUUGUCUUAGAGGAUGCGCAGUGUUUCAAUUCUAAUUCAGAACCAUCCUCAGAGAUCUGGGCAAUAAAAAGUAAAUUCCAGUGAAGAACUUAUUAAAAUUAGUAAAAUUGCAAAAUUUGGUUACGAAAUGUUGUAAAGCUUGGAAAAUAUAGCCUUGCGAAGUUUGCAUAUUUUGUAUAUGUUUGUAUUACGUGCGGAAAUUGUUACCAUUUUUGAGCCGAAAAUGGUAACAAGUUUCGCACGUAAUACAAACGUAUACAAAAUUUGCGAACUUUGCAAGGCUAUAUUUUCCAAGCUUUACAACAUUUUGCAACCAAAUUUUGCAAUUUUACUAAUUUCAUUAUGUUCUUUUAGCUGUGGUGUUUGAUUCCCUUCUCUUUACUUAGAUUAAAAUUUAGUCUAACAUGCAAGACUAAGAAUACGCUAGAUUUCGCUAGAUUUCGCCACCAAUUUUAUGAUUGAAUUACCAAUUUUGUAAAUCAUGAUUUCAAAAUGUCCAAAACCUUGAUAUUUUUUGUGAAAAAUCUGUUUUAUUAGGAAGACGAAGAGGGAAUUAAUCCGCUGAUAAAAGUAUGGAAUUUAGACAAGGUUUGUUACUUGCUUUAUGCAUUAAUCAUAUAGAGGGCAAACUUUCUCAAAUACGAUUGGCUAAUGAUGCGGGCAUUUUUUCCUAAUUCAGGGCAAAAUUACUUGCACCUGAUUGGCCGAGACGCAAACGCGGGAAGUUUCUUGUUUUAAAUAGCAAUACAAACAAUUGCUUCUCGCUUUGUCGUUGCGGAUAAUGAUGUUAUUGAAGAAUUAAAAACUUCUAGUGAAAACCCGAAUAGUAGAAAAAGUACAAUUUUAUGGGUUGGAGUAUUUAAGAAAUGGACAACAUUAAGGAACAUCGGCAAAGACAUAGAGACAUACGAGGUUCAAGAACUUGACAAGUUCACAAUUUACUUACGAGUAAAUUUUGCCCUCUAUGAUUAACAAGCAAUCGCACAGUUCCUCGUAAAAUUAAGGUUUAAUUUCACUUGUGGUUUCAAAGUUUGAGAACACGCACGCGUGAAAUUAAACCUUAAUUUUACUUGGCCCCAUGCGAUUAUCUAUACUAAUUUUUAGUGCGUGAAAUUUUUAACUUUAUCUGUGCACAAUAAGGCGUCGUAUCGAAACUCCAACUUAAAUUUAAUGGCUAAAUGUGACUUUGUUUCCAAUCGUUAGACGGACAAGAUGGGAAAUCCAAUGUGCAUGAGGAUCACAAGAGCUAUCCCUGGGAACAGGCCUGUUGCAGUAAGUACAAAGCAGUCAUGGUUGUAGACAUCGAGCAGGGAGUUCAUCUGACUAUGAAAAAAACAACCCGAAAACUUUUCCUAUUUUUUAGUCGUGUUUUGUUUUUCGCACAGGCCUUAAAAUAUCUUUUCCAGGCCCGUCUGACAAAAUGUCCGGUGACCUUCAGUUCAUUUUUGACUCGGAAAUAAGUCUGAAUGACCCAAUUGAAUAAACGGUAAAUGUUGUAAAAAUAUUGAAUAAUUUGUUUCUUUCAUACUUAUUUCCAAGCCAAAAUUAACUUGCUUUCCAGAACAGCAGUAUCAAAAAGACCCGUUUUCCACUUCACCAUUUCGCUCGCCGCCCCGUGCUCGACUACGUUAAAACAACAUUUCCAGUUGACCUUUUAUACAAUAGUACUCUGAUUUUCCAUUUAACACACAAGUUUCUUGUCCUGGGCUAUAGGGUACAUUUUGAUUUACGUUGGACAAAGCUACAGUUCGGUCGGGCACCAAUACACUCGGGUGAGUCGGGUCGGACAAACAAUAAACCUCAGUUUCACUUAGGUCGGACAGAAUGUCCGGUGGUUUCCUUUCUACGUCGGACAAUUUAACGAAUGGGUCGGACAAUGUCCGUGACCGACUGAUAUUUUAAGGCCUGUUCGCAAGGAAAAUUGUAAGGAUGUAGUCAAACUAACAUAGUGCUGUGCAAACUCCGGUUUUUCAUCUCCGGCUCCGGCCGAAUUACAGCUCUGAGCUCCAGCUUCGGCUCCGGCCACAUCAUAAAAUAUUAAAUAAAUGUUUUACGAUCAGAGAACAUUUAUUAAUAUUAUUAUGAAUAACCUUUUUCGCGCAUCCUAAUUAUCAGUUAACAUAACUCAGGAAACAAAACAGUGAAAACACUUAACCACGCAGAAAAUAUAUAUAUGGAAACCAGCCUCGAAAAAUCUUUGACACGAAGCAUGACGCGAGGCAUGACGCUAACACUCUCAGACUCCACAGCGCAAUUGUUCGCACGCAAACAAAGUACUCUAUCAUUUUCAAAAGGUUGAUAUUUAUUUGUUUUGUACUUUUUCGUUAUCUACAAGACAUGAAUACACAGACUAUGUAGCGCUAAGUCAGAUGGCUUCAUGAAAGCAUGACGUUUGUAAGUUGCGAUCGUAUUACAGCUUUUCGACGCUGUUCCUGUGAGCUGUGGCAGUUUGAGUCUAUGAUGAAUUCAUUGAACAGCAAUUGGCAGUUUGCAGUAACUAACAAUCGUUUGACAUUUGUCUCAUUUCAUAUUGUUUUCUUGUCAUUUUGCCGGAGCUGGGAAAACGUAACUCCGGCUCCGGGCUCCGGCAUACAAAAGUCGGCUCCGGCGUCAGAAAAACCGCCGGAGCUCCGGCAGAACUCCGGCUCCGGCAACUCCGGCGCACAGCACUAAACUAACAUAGAUUCAAGUUUUGUUACCAUUAUUAAUUAGCACAGUUUUUGAACUGUUUCAAUAUAACUAUGCAAUGAAUGAUGUUGCCAAGUAUUUGGCACGCCUAGCUAUGGGUCAUUCCAGCUAUAGGCGAAAUUUUGAUCGAGACAAGAACGAAACCAUUACCAUACUCACCAUAGUUGGAAAGAGCAUCUUAAAAUGAGUAAAAUUGCAAUGUUUGGUUGCGAAUUGUUGUAAAAUGUGGAAAAUAUAGCCCUGUGAAGUUCGCAAAUUUUGUAUAUAUUUGCGCCGAAAGUUUUUUGAGCCGAAAGUGGUUAUUUUUACCGCGCGUAAUAUAAAUACAGUCGAACCCCUAUAAGCGGACACCUCAAGCGGACACAUAUCUCAGGUCCCAUUCGUUUUCUUUACUAAAAUACUAUUAUCAUAACCCCUAUUAAGUGGACACCCCUCUUUAACGGACGCGAACACCUUACUUGAAGUCCCAAUGGACAGAUCAACCUCUCUUAAGCGGACAGAUGACAGAUUGUCUGAUAAAAUGUAUUCAAUAUUCGACAGUAAAUAACAAUUGAGAUUAAUUUACAUGGCACAUUGACAAUGACACAUCAACUUGGCGCGAAGACAUCAGAGCCAAGAUUAUUGAGGAAGUGACGAAUGAGGGCGAAGGACUGUGAGCCGUUAGCCGAGGAGCCGUAAGAUGUGUGUCAGAUCACUGAUGACAACGACUUGAACGAAGAUAAUGAAUUUGACUGGUCUCUUAACGAACCAGUCAUUAAAUCUUCCUCCGAAGCCCUUAAAGUUGUCGAGCGGCUGGUAGAAUUCGCACAAUUUCGAGAUUUGGAAGAACUUUCCAACGCCAUUUUUAUGUAAAUGUCUGCGUGAGCCUCGAAAGCAAACUUGUAUCGAUUCCUUUUUUAUAUGACUGUGAGAGACGUAUACAUUUAAAACAUUUUCUAAUGAACUUUUAUGUACAAAGAAAUUUUCAUUUUACACUAAUUAUUUGCUAGAUAUCUUUUACUGUUUUGAUACUCAAAUUACACACCUAAUUACACACCUUUGCCUCCUGCUGUGUUUUUCUACAUACCCCUUUUAAGCGGACACCCCUUUUAAGCGGACACCCCUUUUAAGCGGACACCCCUUUUAAGCGGACACUUAGACGAGGUCCCGAAGGUCUCCGCUUAAUAGGGGUUCGACUGUAUAUACAAAAAUUUGCGAACUUCAUAGGGCUAUAUUUUCUUUAUUUCACAACAUUUAGCAACCAAACUUUGCAGUUUUACUCAUAUGAAGACACUCUUUCUAGCAGUUAUGUUGGAUUCCGUUCUUCUUGCCUUGAUCAAAAUUUAGUUUAUAUAGCUGGAAUCACCCACUGGGCUACCUGCUUGCACCUUCGAAUUCAUUGGCACUUUUGUUCACAUGAUUUGUUUGUCUUAAUUUUUCUCUUGUAGGUAUCGUGUUUGGCUGUGUAUGAAAAUCUCACUCAGAUGGCGGUCGGGUUCGAGGAUGGCAGUGCUGUUGUUUAUAAAGGGGACGUGACCAGAGAUCGGUGAGCUAUGCCGAUUUUCUCAUUGGUUUUGGUAUACUAUGUACAUUGUACUGAUCUUGAAUCAUCUUUACAGGCACAGCAAGUCCCGUGUUAUUCAUCAAGACAACCCACCG